AUGUCACAGUCACCGCCAGUCAAUGGUGGCCAAAAAGGCUCCAAUGGCGCCAAUGGCACUCACGCAUCAUCAGUCAUGCAAAAAGUGACCAGGUAUAUUCCCGCCAAGGACGACUUGGGCAAGUCCUUCGCCUAUUUGCGACUCCUCUUCUCCUUAGACUACACGAUCGCCGAUGUUCUGCUCAUAAUUGGGGGCUUAUUUUUCGCCAUUUGCGCCGGUAUUCCCUUCCCUCUACUCGGUAUCGUCUUCGGUGACCUCAUCAACGACCUGAAUACGGUGACGUGCAGCUCCUCGGAUCGCGCUUCUGCGGACCUCUCCUCGGCUGUGCGGACGAAGGUGUUGUAUGUCAUCUACAUCACAAUCGCAAACUUUUGUUUCAUCUACGCCCACAGCACUUGCUGGUGUUUGGUGAGUGAGCGCCUGGCACGCCGCUACCGUCGCCGUUACUUUGAGAGUAUAAUCAAACAGGAGGCCAACUUCAUCGAAUCACUUCCUUCUGGUGACGUUGUUUCGCGUCUGGUAAGCGACAUUGAACUUGUGCAGUCCGGCACAUCGGAGAAGGUGGGACUUGUCAUCUCAACCCUGUCAUACUUUGUGGCCGCCUAUGUGGUUGCCUUCAUCAAAGUGCCCAAGAUUGCAGGCAUGCUGAAAUUUGCGGGUCGUCUGGCCGACAAGGUCAAUGCGGCCACAUCCAUAGCUUCCUCCAGUUUGUCGCAUCUGACACUUGUUCAUGCCUUCAAUGCGAACGACCGGCUCGAGAAGCGUUUCGCCGGCUACCUCUUGCAAUCGAGGAAAGAUGCCGUCCGAAAAGCUACUACUCACGCGGCACAAUUGGGCUGUCUUUACUUCAUUGCCUAUUCCGCCAACGCCCUGGCAUUCUGGGAAGGGUCCCAAAUGAUUUCAAAAUCGGUGGCUGACGGAAACUCUGGAGCCUCUGUCGGUUGCCCCUUCAUCCACGUGUUCGCCUCGGCUGCAGGCGCUUCAGAGAGACUUUUGCAGGUGAUCAACAGGCCUUCUGCCAUUGAUGGGACGUCUGAUUCAGGCGAUAAGACUGCCGCAUUCGGUGAGGAGGAUAUUCGCUUUCGGGAUGUUCACUUCACGUAUCCCUCGCGCCCGGAUGUCCCAGUCCUGCAAGGCGUGACUUUCAACAUCCCACCAAAAAAGCAUACAGCUAUUGUGGGUCCUUCUGGCGGUGGAAAGUCCACAGUCGUCGCGCUUCUAGAACGCUUCUACGAUCCUGAUUCAGGGGAUGUCCUGAUCGGUGACAAAAAUUUCCGGGACAUCAACGUUAGAUACCUGCGUGGGAAUAUCGGUUUUGUACAACAGGAACCUUCGUUGCUGGAUCGUACCAUUCUGGAAAAUAUUGCAUAUGGCUUAGUCUCGUCUGCGGUGGAGCGGCAUCAGCGACUCGCCCCCUUUAUCCUCGACUCGAGUCUGCCCGAUUUUGCCGAAAAAGUUCGAGGAGGCGUUUCAGAGAAAGAAGCACUCCGCGAGUACGACAGCUGUGUCUCCGAGAUUGUGGAUUUGGUCAAAGACGCGGCUGCCAAUGCGAAUGCGCUGGGUUUUAUUGAAGCUUUGCCCUACGGUCUCGCCACAAACGUAGGUACAGCAGGGAAUCAGCUUAGCGGUGGCCAGAAGCAACGAAUUGCUCUCGCCCGUGCCCUGGUUCGAGAACCAUGUCUGUUGAUUUUAGACGAGGCAACUGCGGCCCUUGAUUCGACCAGUGAGCAGCUUAUCCAGGCUGCAUUGAACAAGGUAUCCGAGCGAGUUACGACUGUAUCGAUCGCCCACCGGCUAGCAACAGCCAAAAAUGCGCAUAAGAUCGUCGUGGUCCAGAGUGGCCGUGUUACCGAGGAAGGAUCCCACACGGACUUGGUUGCGCGGGGAGGGGUCUACGCAGAGAUGGUGCGGCUUCAGAACCUGGGAAAGCUAUCCGUGGACGAUAGGGUAAUCUCGGGGGACAUGAUCAGUGAACUGAACACGACUCCGGAAACACGACAGUUGUUGGACGAAAAACAAGCUUUAGCUGACGUUAACGGGUCAGACAUCACGGAGGACACGGUUGUUGCCGACGCACCGCCAGACUCUCGUGAUGGAAGUGAGGAGGAAGCCAAAAAGAAAAAGAAGAGAACACGGUCUGCGGGGUUCGUCACACGGUACACAUUCGCCUUGAUCCGUCCCAACUUGCAUUGGGUUAUGCUAGGUCUUGCCAUGUCUGUCAUUAUCGGCGGCAGCUACUCGGCAGAGGCUAUUGUAUUUGGUCACACGGUUGGAAGUUUGAGUCCUUGCAGAUCGGCUGAAGCCAUCAGCCACGAUGGCAAUCUCUACGGAUUACUCUUCUUCAUCCUCGCUUUGGUGGAAUUUGGUGCUAAUGUGGUGGGUGGCUGUGCUUUCGGCUGGGCUGCCGAUAAAGUGUUGUAUCGAAUUCGAGUGCUGUCUUUACGCUCGUUACUGGGCCAAACCGUGAAUUGGCACGAAUCGGAGGAUCGCACUCCUGGGACCUUGCUAACGUACAUCACUGGUGACGCGUCCGCGUUGGGUGGCAUUACCGGCACGACCAUAGGGCUCCUACUGGCGACUGCGGUCAACUUGAUAGCAGGUCUAGUGAUCUCGUUCGCAAUCGCUUGGAAGAUCACGAUUGUAUUGUUUCCAACAAUUCCAGUCUUACUGGUGUCGGGCAUGAUGAAGCUCCGAGUGCAAAAACAACUCGCCGAACGUCAUCAGAAGGCGUUUGCGAAAGCUACAGCGGUCACCAUCGAGGCCGUCGACAACAUCCGCGCAGUUUCUGCAUUCUCUCUGGAAAAGCAAUCGUACCAGGUUUACGGUCGUGCACUGCAAGGUCCCUACCAGGCCACCAUCAAAGCCACGUUCCACGGAAAUGCAUGGUUAGCAUUGGCAUUUAGCAUCAGCAACUUGGUCUAUGCGCUGGCGUACUGGUGGGGCUCGAAACAGAUCGCCGAGGGUCGCUAUUCCCAGACGCAAUUUUUCAUUGUCAUGCCAGCUCUGUUGUUUAGCACGCAGUCUUGUGGGCAGAUGUUCGCCCUUGCGCCGGAUAUCUCGAAAGCCGGGGUGGCUUCGUCCAAUAUCGUUGAACUGCUGACUACUCGUUCGGCAGAGGAUGAGGUGACACCUGGAUCCUCUCACAGCUUCCAGCCUUCCAGCACCCUUCUCGAGGAGAAAGCCGCAGUGCAGGACAUUGAGGCGCAGGAAUAUGCUCGCUCCGCACGGCAACGGGCCACUGAAAGGGGUGGCAUGGGCGCCCAACUGCGCGACGUCAAUUUUACUUAUCCACAUCGCCCAGAACGCCCGGUAUUGAAGGGUCUCAAUAUCGACAUCAAACCAGGCCAGUUUUGUGCUCUAGUGGGGCCUAGCGGAUCAGGCAAAUCGACCACGUUUGCCAUGCUGGAGAGGUUUUACCGGCCUAAUGCCGGUGCGGUGGUCAUCGACGGUGUCGACGUCACUCGUCAGAUCGGGACGGACUUCCGCGAUGAUAUUGCGCUGGUUCCCCAGGAGAACGUUCUCUUCGAGGGAACCGUCGCCUUCAACAUUGGACUUGGCGCAUGCCCAGGCCAUGAGCCCACACAAGAGGAGAUCGAGGAGGCAUGCCGCAUGGCCAACAUUCACGACGUCAUCAUGACUCUGCCCCAGGGGUAUCAGACGAUGUGCAGCCAUGACGGCAAGCAAUUUUCGGGUGGACAGCGCCAGCGACUGUCGAUCGCCCGCGCACUGGUGCGCAAGCCGCGCUUGUUGCUGCUGGACGAGUCCACAAGCGCGCUAGACGUGGAGUCGGAGAAGCGAAUUCAGGAAGCGCUGGCGACCCUGGCAGGCCGGACCACAGUAGUGGCCAUCGCUCAUCGACUUAAUACCAUUCAUCGAGCGGAUCAGAUCUUCUUGAUCGAAGACGGCAGAUGCAUUGAGCAAGGUACACACCAACAGCUGAUCCAGCGGAGCGAGACAUACCGGACCAGUGUGAUUCACCAAUCGCUGGAGACUUGA